CAUGGGAUUUUCUGAUUUUGUUGCCGCUUUGAAGGAUAAUCCAUACUUCGGUGCAGGCUUUGGAUUAGUUGGAGUGGGGGCUGGAUUAACAGUACUUCGGAAAGGAGCGCAAGUUGGUAUGGUCUACUUUCGCCGACAUUGUAUGAUGACCCUAGAGGGAGUUAGAAUGCAACACUUAAGCGUACAAACAACUUAUUUACAAAAUGAAACUGGUAAAAUAAGUACAGCUUUCGAUUUUGUUCCAAGUCCUGGAACUCAUUUCUUAAAAUAUAACGGAACCUGGAUGAGAGUAGAAAGAAAUCGAGAAAAACAAAUGAUGGACUUUCAUAGUGGUUCACCCUUUGAAACUGUUACUCUCACUGCCUUUGGAAGAGAUAGAACGGUCUAUUUUGACUUAAUGGAAGAAGCUCGUCAGAAAGCUCUGCACGAACUUGAAGGCAUGACCGUUAUGUAUACCGGUGUUGGUGCUGAGUGGCGGCAAUUUGGAUAUCCAAGGAAACGUAGGCCUAUUUCAAGUGUCGUAUUGGGAGAAGGUAUUGCAGAGAGUAUAGUGAAGGAUGUGAAUGACUUUAUUUGCAGCUCGAGUUGGUAUACAGGGAGAGGUAUUCCAUAUAGAAGAGGCUAUUUAUUAUAUGGUCCACCUGGGUGCGGAAAGUCCAGUUUUAUAACAGCCUUAGCGGGACAUUUUGAAUACGCUAUAUGCCUUUUAAAUUUAAGUGAAAAAGGUCUAUCAGAUGACAGACUAAAUCAUCUGCUAAGCGUAGCCCCACAGCAGAGUAUUAUCCUUCUCGAAGAUGUAGAUGCAGCUUUUGCAAGUAGAGACCUUCAGAAAGAAAAUAGAACAGUUUAUGAAGGAAUGGGAAGAUUGACUUUUAGUGGUCUAUUAAACGCACUGGACGGUGUUGCCUCUUCAGAAGGAAGAAUUGUAUUUAUGACAACAAACUAUCUUGAUCGACUCGACCCGGCACUUAUUCGACCAGGACGUGUUGAUAUGAAGUUAUUGAUUGAUCAUUGUUCACAAAUGCAAUUGGAAAAAAUGUACUUAAAUUUCUAUCCGGAUGAACCUAAAGAGAGUGCAGUGGAAUUUGCCUCUUUAGCAUUAUCUCACAACAAACCAAUUAGUCCAGCUAUGGUACAAGGUUUAUUUAUGCUGCAUAAACAUUCACCGAACUUAGUUAUAAAAAAUACACAGAAACUGUUUAAUUUUUGA